AUGAGAGAGUCCAGCGAGAGGAACGAAAUCAACGAAAUCCAGUCUGCGUUCGGUCGCGGCCUCGGCCUCGCAGCUGUGCAUGCAACCCACCCACAGCCCGUGCCAAGUGUAAAAGAUGUGCAUGGGCACCGAAUAGAACGAGGCAGACCGGGGCAAGGGCAAAAUCCCAUGCAGAGGAAAGACGCAUCUCUCUCACUCACUCACUCACUCACUGCUCACGCGGUCGAUGUUCAGCGCUUCAUGAAGCGAAUCAGCAUCCUAGAUCUGCAUUGCCUCGCGUUGCAUCCGAGCCUCGCCCGGGCCCACCGAACCACACAUUCUCACCACGCCGGGGCUCGGAUGCAACUACGACCGCGGAACUUACCCCCUGCCUCCCGCCCCCCGCCCCUCCCCGCCCCUCCUCGCCCUGCAACCAACCUUUGUAAACUCCCCGCGUCAACGUCCCUCCGCGACCCUGGCCCGGCCCUGCCCUCGCUCGAGCCCACCGUUAAAUGCGCCCCCGGUAGGCCCAGAGCCUCUCAUGUUCUCCCCGUCGUCACCAGCAGCAGCCCUGCCGAGAGAGAGAGAGAGAUGAAAAGGGAAGGCAGGAGCGCGAUCAGCUCGUAG